AUGGGCUAUUGGAGAGAGCUUUGGGCCUGGAUAUUGAGAGAUCCUGGCAAAAUAAUACGUUAUAUAGUAUUGUUUGUGUGCUCGAUUAUUGUCAUUGUGCAGUUGACCGAGUGCUUUUCCAAACUGUACGACCCACCGAUAUCAACUCAUUCGUAUUAUAAUUUGAACGACACCAUGGAAAUGCCGGCUGUUACCAUUUGUCGCGAUCCGCCUUACAAGGAAACUGUGAUGAAUAAACUUUCGAAUGGCGUAUGUCCGCACCCAAAAUACGUAACCUGUUGGUCUGCUUACCCUUUCAAUGAAUUGGAACUUGAUGAAUUCUUUCAAAAUUCAACAUUUGAUUUGGAAGAAACAUUUCUGGGAGAACAAUAUGGACUUAAUGGGUUUAAGGAAAAUUUACAAAUCGAAAGUAGCUUACAUUUCAAUCUGGGUCGCUGUUUUACACUGAAGCCAAAAGUAGAAUUGACGCGCACCACACGCUCAACCGGCUAUUCUCUGAUGCUUACGCAUCACGUUGAUCCGAGCGCCACAACGGAUAUGACAUUGGAAAAUAAUCCAGGUUGGCAUGUUUACAUACACGACUAUCGACAUGAAUUCACAGAACUCAAUGUAAAAGGUGCCGCUCGCAUAGAGUAUAUUUUUGCAGAAAUUAAUGAGGAAAUUGAAAUAAAAUUACAUAGCCAGCAGUUUUCGAAUACAGAGUCCCGUGAUACGCCAUGCUCUUCCAUUCCCAGCUACAGUGACAUGAAGUGUGCCGAGUUAUGUGUUUUCGAAGAGCUCGCCGCCACAGCCAACUGCACUGGUCCUUGGAUGCGCGAUAUACCCCAGAAUCCGUGCAACAGCAGCAAAACAAUGCGAAAUUUGGUAAAAGAGUAUGGAAUCUACUACGCUAGUGACGAUGAUGUAGAAUGUAACUGCAUACAACGCUGCGAUACACGCAUUUAUUCAACCUACGUACAAAAUAGAAAAACAAUGAGUUUGGGAGCGUCCUAUACACAAAUAUGGAUUUACUACACCACAAAAUUAGUAUCGAUGAUUGAAGAGAGUCCCAGCUAUGAUGCCACACAAUUCAUUGCUGAUAUUGGCGGUUCGUUGGGUUUCCUAUUGGGUCUCUCUGUGCUCGGCCUGAUCGGCAUAUUGGAGCAUAUGGCCCUAUUUUUCUGUGGUGGCAUUAUUAAGAAGCAGCUAAAACAUGAAAAACAACUUCAGGACGAAGCAGAACGUCGAUCUCAGAAUAGUCAUGCAACUGACACAACAGUCGAUAUAGCCACUAUAACUAAACAACAAAAUGAGUUGUAUAUGAAAAAUUGAUUCUUAUUUUGGUUUCUUUGUAGAAAUG